CCCUUUAUAUUAUGUUACUUUGAAGAAAUGUGCAUACCACAUCAAAAGUAUUUAUAAGAAGUUUUCUUUACCGCAAGCGCUCAAGGAUUCUUCCCUUAGAUAAAUGUCAAGAGUGAUAAUAAAAGAGAAAUAAAGCAAUUAAACUUCUAAUUGCUCAAAGCUAGAAAGCAUCAAGGUUGAGAUCAAAGGAAAAAAUAUAAAAUUUAUAAAAAAUUAAGAUUGCUUUGAUUAAAUGGCAGAUAUUGUUAUCUCCAUUGUGACCAAAGUUUCUGAAUAUUUGGUGGAACCAGCAAUACGUGAGGGAAAAUACAUUUUUUGUGUUAAUGAAAUUGUUGAAGAUUUUGAGAAUGAAAAAAAUGAGCUAAUAUCUGAAAGAGACAACCUUGUGAACCGUGUUGAACAAGCCAAACACAGAGCUGAAGAAAUCGAAAAGUCAGUAGAGAAGUGGUUGAGUGAUGUGGAAAGUCUAUUGAAAGAGGUGGAAGAUUUGAACCAACAGAUGAAAGCAAACAAAAGUUGCUUUCAAGGAAGGUUUCCAACAUGGACAAAAUAUCAUUUGUGCAAGAAAAUGGUAAAAAAGGAAAAUGCAAUGAUGAAGUUGAAAGGCAAAAGCAAUAAUAUUCAACCAUUUUCUCACCGUGCUCCUCUUCCUGGCAUUCAGUACCGGUCAUUAGAAAAUUUUACUUAUUUUGAAUCAACAAAAGUGGCUUAUGAUCAACUCUUGGAAGCACUUGAAGAUGAUAAAAUCUACAUGAUAGGAGUGUAUGGGAUGGGUGGAUCAGGGAAAACAACUCUUGUAACAGAAGCGUCUAAGAAGGUUGAAGGAUUGAAGUUUGAUAAGGUUGUACUAAUCACAGUGUCUCAAACUCCAAACAUUAGAGUCAUUCAAGGACAAAUGGCAGAUGCGUUAAACAUAAAAUUGGAGGAUGAACAUGAAGAGGGAAGAGCACAACGUUUGUGGUUGAGUUUGAAACAAAAUAGUCGACUUCUAAUAAUAGUAGACGACUUAUGGAAAGAGUUUAAUUUGAUGGAUAUAGGGAUUCACUUAGACAAUGAUAACAAGGGUGCUUGGAAGAUCAUUUUAACCACUCGUAAUCAACAUAUAUGUGAUUUGAUGCAAUGUCAAAAGAAUAUUUAUAUGGGACUCUUACGUGAAUAUGAGUCUUGGGCUUUGUUCCAAAAACAUGCAAAAGUUGAUGACAGAUUCUCUGAGUCAUUGGAUGGUGUACCACAAAAACUUUGCAAUGAAUGUAAGGGACUACCUAUAGCAAUUAAAGCAGUGGGAUCUUCACUAAAAGGAAAAUCCAAUGACGACUGGAAGAUAGCAUUGCAUAAUUUGGCUCAUCCAGAUUUUAUUGAUGAUGAAGUGGAAGGAGUGGGAGAUGCUUUAAGUUGUCUUAAACUAAGUUAUGAUUAUUUAGGAGAGAAAAAAGCUAAAAUGAUCUUCUUGAUGUGUUCUAUGUUUCCUGAAGACUAUAAAAUCGCAAGAGAAGAUUUGAUUAGAUAUGCAAUUGGACUAGACCCAGGAAGAAUGUUUUCAUUAGGCAUAGCAAGAAGUGGAAUCGAAGCAAGCAUAAACAGGCUUUUAGAAUCAUGUUUGUUGAUGGAUGUUGAUGAAAACAAAGAGUAUGUGAAGAUGCAUGACAUGGUUCGUGACACGGCACUAUGGAUUGCAAAGGGAUUGGAGAAUCACAAAAUCUUGGUAAAUGUUGACAAACCAUUUAGCAACAUGGUAGAGGAUAAUGAUAUAAGAGAUUGUUUUGCAAUAUCCUCAUGGUAUGAAAAGGAAGAUAAAAUUAAUCAUUUACUGCAUGCUCCAAACCUUAAAAUUUUAUUGAUCAGGGGUUCCAAAAAGUUAUCCGAUGAAACAUUUGAAGGAAUAGAAGGGCUCCAAGUACUUUCUAUAAUCAAUGAUAAAUAUGGUACACCAUUAUCAUUGCCUUUGUCAGUUCAUAUUUUAACAAAUCUUCGAACUCUACGCUUGCAAAAAUGGAAAUUGGGUGACAUUUCUUUCAUAUCAAACUUAAAAAAACUAGAGGUUCUUGACUUACAAGAAUGUAUCCUCAAUGAACUUCCUAAAGAAGUAGGAGAUCUCAAAAGAUUGAAGCUUCUGGAUUUGUCAUCCUGUGAUUUUCUUGAAAACUAUCAUGAGUAUAAUGGAGCAAUAGGUAAAUGUUCACAAUUGGAAGAGUUAUAUGUUUCAAAAUGGUGGCAAAAAGAGUUAUAUUCUCAGUGUGUUGAAGAUAUUAUUACUCUCCCAAAUUUGCAAAGAUUUGUAAGUUAUAGUUCUUUGUACAAUUAUCAUGUGAAAUCCUCACAACUUUUACAUGUAGUCAAGUUUAAUAUCUCCAUGUUGAAGUCAUCUAAAAAUAAUCUUCUUCAGAUAGCCGAAGCUGUUCAUCUUGAACAACUUAAUGGAGGAUUUAAAAAUGUUGUCCCUGAAGUGGUUAGAGUUGUGGGAGGCAUGAAUGGUUUGACUUAUCUCCAUCUUACAAGUUGCCAAAUGAUAGAACGCGUCUUCGAUACACCUUAUGAUUCUGAUUCUGAGGUAGAUCUUUGGAUUCCAAAGUUGGUGGAGUUAGUAUUGAUGGAAUUGGAAUGUUUGAAAGAAUUUUGUCGAGGCACACCGGCGCAAGUGCUACGUUUCUUCGAGAAAUUAGAAAAAAUUAUAAUAUUUGAUUGCCAUCAGUUGCAGAACAUAUUUCCACAUGAAUGCAACUUACAAAAUCUUACAAGACUCCAAAUAAAUAAUUGCAAGUUUGGUGAAGCACUCUUCUCGAUGCCUGUUGCUCGAAGUCUUCAACAGUUAGAAGAGCUGAUAAUAGAAGAGUGCAAUGAAUUAAAGCAUAUAAUUGCCAAUGCAAGAGAGCAAGAUUCAAAUACAAGACUUGAAUUAGUUACAGCUUUGCCUCUAUGGAGUUCACAUUUUGUAAUGCCUAAAUUGAAGAAACUUCACAUUUCAUCGUGUAGGAAGUUAGUGUCGAUAUUUCCAAUAUGCUGUUUUGAAGUACUUGCAUUCCUUGAAGAGAUAUAUAUUGGGCGUGCUCCUGCUCUAGAACUUGUAUUUGGUGAAUGUGAUCACCAAAAUCAUUCAUCUCACCAAUGCCAAAACCAGAACAAUCGUCUUUGUUUGAAACAGCUCACCCUCUACGAUCUUGAAAAUCUCGUCGGGAUAUGUCCCGAAAACAAUCGUGCAAAGUGGCCAUCUACAAAAUGUCUAACUGUGAUGGAAUGUCCGAAGUUGAGUCCAUCAUGGAUUGCUACGAUGGUCAGCUCUGAGGUAGGAGAAGUACAUUAUACCCUUUCUAAUUAAUAUGCAAAACUUUUUGAAUCCAUUUGUACAUAUUUUUGUGCUAUUAAUUGCAAAUUUUACCAUCUUGGU